AUGGAGCCCCACACACGGAAGCUACUGCUGGACGACGCUGGACAUGGAGGCACCCUCGCAUAUCCCCCUGGGCCUUUCUCAGGGCCAAUCAACCCUUCUUCCUCAUCCACUUCUGGGUUUAAAAGAUCCCUUAACAGACAACCCAAUACCCCCUUCGACUCCUCGAUGGCCUUGACCGUCAUCGUCCUUCUCACCGCUCUCUUCUUCAUGGGCUUCUUCUCCGUGUACAUCCGCCGCUUCGCCGAAGACAACGCCGUCGAAAUGUCCCGCCGCCGCCGCCACCCAAACCCCCCCGCUUCUUCCUCCUCUAGGUCCCCAACCCCCUCCAAAGGCCUGGACGCCUCCACCGUGAGCUCACUACCGCUCUUUUCUUACCACGGUGAUGCCAAGGAGACAUUGGAUUGUCCAGUUUGCUUGACCCAGUUCGAAGACAAGGACACUGUUAAGAUCAUCCCCUACUGCCGUCACGUGUUUCAUCCGCCUUGUAUUGACACGUGGCUGUCUUCUCACGUGUCUUGCCCCGUUUGCCGGUCGACCCAGCUUUUUCCGGCCAAGGAUGGACGCUGCAGUGUGGUGCAAGAGGGGUCUGAUGAGGGUGGAAGCCAGUCACAUGAGAGAUUAACGGCGGACGAUGGGGACACGUAUGUAGAGGUAGAAUCGUUAGCUGUGAGAAGGACGACCAGUUGCUCGAGCCUGGGAGAGCGGGCGCUGCUGCACAGGACUUCCAGUUUCUAA